CAACUUUCAGAUCUGGAAAAAUAUGUUAAAACGUAUGAAUAACAACUAGCCAGUCAAAAAUAAAUAGAACGAAUGUAAACAUAGUCCUACGAAGCGGAUGUGACGUAGAACAACGGCGCCUUUCCGGAUUCUGAGAGGACACAAACUGGUGGGAGCGAUGACAUGCACGCUAGAGAAAGUGCUGGGCGAUGCCCGCACACUGCUCGAACGGCUCAAAGAGCACGACACGGCGGCGGAGAGUUUGAUCGAGCAGUCGGGAGCGCUGAGCCAGAGAGUUCACAGCAUGAGGGAGGUGGGGAACGCGCUGCCAGACAAGUACCAGGAGGACAGUUCUGAACUGAAGGAGUUCUCCAAGUACAAGCCGCACAUUCUGCUGACCCAAGAGAAUACCCAGAUUAAAGAGCUACAGCAGGAGAACAGAGAGCUGUGGCUGUCUCUGGAGGAGCAUCAGUACGCGCUGGAGCUGAUCAUGGGCCGGUACCGCAAGCAGAUGCUGCAGCUGAUGAAGGACAAGAAAGAGAUGGACACCCGGCCCGUGCUCAGCUUGCAUGAGGACCACGCCAAGGAGGUGCAGAAUCAGCUGGAGCGUAUAUGUGAGAUGGGACAGGUGAUGCGGAAAGCCGUCCAGGUGGAUGACCAGCACUACUGCACCGUGAGGGAGCGGCUAGCCCAGCUGGAGAUUGAAAACAAGGAACUGCGAGAUCUUCUGUCCAUUAGCAAGAGCUCCCUGAAGCCACAGGUGGAGGAAGUAGCCCAGACCCAGACCCAGACCCAGGCCCAGCAGCCUGAGCCGGACCCCAAGCCCGAGGCAGAGUAGUUGGGCAGCAGUGGGCGGAGUUUUGAGCGUAGUGGGCACAGUGAGUCACUCCAGUUCUUCAAGGGCCAUUUAGCCUGACGUCCUUCCUGCCCUCGGUUACUCGGGUUUAGAACCGCGUCCGGAAAAGAUGUUUAUUUUCCCUUGAUAGCUCCGUAUUGGUUAUUUUUCCAAAGUAUCCCAGCGGUCCAGGGACUAGGCUGGUUUUUGAAGACUGAAGUUUACCCCCUUCACUAAGAUCCCCCCCCCCCAGUGAAACUGAGUGAAAAUACCAACAAAGGAUUCUUUAAUUUUGUAAGGAAGAAAUUCACUUUCACAAAAAGAAUAUUACUCAUACAGCAGUUGUCUUAUCUUGGAUUGUUGCUACCUCUUGGUUUCUCGGUCUGUCUUAAAUGGUAAAUGUUGAAAAAUUAAUUGGACAUUGUUCUACUGUUUAAGCUUUGAAACUUGCUUAAAAUCCUGACGGCAUUUUUUCAUCUUGGAAUAUAAGUGACAUCUUUGUUUCCUAGCACUAAGAACAUCAGAGUUACCCAUAAUUUACAUAAGCGUGUUAUUAUAUUUAGUAUGGAAGUGUCUUUUGUCUGAUGUAUUUAUGCUCCUUUAUGCCAUUUUGGUUGUAACACAAUUGGUUUCAAUAUGAAAAUGUCUCUCUGUAUGAGUGCAGGUCCCAGUUCUGGACCGUUGCAUCUAAUUUUGAGUUUCAAAAAUCAGGAAAAAAAAACAUCCAGUGAGCUCCCAUGUGGACUACCAUUCUGAGACCUGGAACAUAGAGGCCUUUGAACAGUUACAUUGUGUCCUUAUCCAGCAUAUCAAUCAUAACCUGCCAAUUUACCAAACCAAUCAUUUUAAACGAGAAAAAUAAGCUGAAAAUGAGCAUAGCUGUCCAAUCUGCAGACCACAUUCACUUUUUGGUUUUUACUGUACAGGUAGUUUCAGUGUCUUUACUUUUAAUGUGUAAAUAAUUUGCCCAAGUACUGUUAUAAGUAAUUGUAAUUAAAGUCAAUAUCUCUCUGUACCAUACAGCUUGGUACUUGACGUGAGAAGUAAACCUUUCUUGGUUGUCGUGGGAAAACUACUAGAUAUUUGUUAUUUUCGGUGCGUUGCUUAAUGGAACACUGUCCUUUUUUAGAAGGAUGCACAGUUGUUUUUAAGCGUCAUAUGGUGGGGGAGGGCAAAAUAUAAAGAGCAUUUUAUGGAGCGCAUGAACUGUGAAGAUCGAGAAUCCCGAUACACAUUAAUACUCACAUUACAGCCUUAAUGUGGUUCUACACAAAUAAAGCACAAUCUCUUACAGAAAUCUAACUGCCGCCAGUAAUGUUUGGCUAUAUCACUUUUUUUAAUGGCAGAUUUUGCUGAGGUGAUGCUGUGGGAAAAUACAAGAUGCAUGACCUUGUCGCCUGAGUGAGAGGGACGUUUCGUAGUUCUUCUGUUAACGAGAGCUUCACUUCCAUUUUAAGAAAGCAGACGUGACCGGGAAGAAAAUGGCUGCUGUCACACCCUGCAGGGCUCUUACUCUAACAUUUUUUUUCCGAGGGACACGUGCUCUUAGGUUGAAAGAUUUAGGAGCGCACUAAUGCAUCCCAAUUAGUAGAUGUGCUCCUACAUUAUUUUUUUCCCAGUUAGCGCACAUCUAUUUUCAGGAGCAAAUGCUCUUAAAAUGGGAGCACUGUAGAGCCCUUGCAGUGACUGCCACAAAAGCAGUACAAACUAAAAUGUAUAUGCCUAUCCUUUAAGCCAGUGUAUUUUUAAUAUUUCAGUUUGCCACAUGACAAACAUCAGUCCUAGGUCUUAUAAAAAACCGAUUAUUAUACAGUCUUUAUAUCUUGUAUACCUUUGGUAAUGUGCCCAGUUGAUACCAGUGACCCAAAACUGUUACUACACUGCCUUGCAGUAUCUGUGCCACUCAAAGCAUGUCCAACUCUAACCCUUCUAGAAUCUGUGGAGUUGUGUAAUAGUUGAUUAUUUUAUCAAUGCAGGCACAGCCAGUUCAAUAUGGGUAACAUUUUGUAUGUUCAGGAUAUUUUACCAGGUUUGCUUAAAAUUAGUGAACUUGUCUGGUUUUUUGUUGGCUCACAGUUCUAAAGCAACUUUGGUGUGAUACGGUCUCAUAUGAACAGGAAUGAACAAUUUGAUUGAGAGAUUUUUAAAAUAUGUGACACUUUCCAAUAAUUCAAAUCACAAAUGCUGGAAGUCCAAUUUGCUAGCAUUUCAUCUGUUCCUAUAACUAGCAUAAUAAAGCUAAUGCAGCGUACUUUUAGUUUUCCUAUGUGAUUAGAUUUUGAACUUUUAAGAUGAAAAUAUUAAAAUGAUUAUCACUUGAAUCACAAGAAUUGAAACUGAACAAAGAUCCUUGGGUUCAGGACCGUGAGACAAUGCUGAAGAAAUUAUAGUUUUGUUGAUGGAAUGACAGUUGGGGAAGACACCACUUUUUUUUAGUUUAUUAGGCGAGUUGGAAAUGUAUAUUGUUUUGUAUAUUUGUGCACUUUUUUUAUAUGACAGCUAGGUCAUGACCAAAGUUGAUAUGACCACUGGGUGUAGACUUGGAUUCCUACAGUAUUUAUUCUGUUUCGAUAGCGUUUAAACUGGAAAUUCAACUAAUAAAGUAGAAAUCCUGAGAAAAAAA